AUGGCGACAGAAAAGACCCCCGUUUCGACACAUCAACGAUCCGACUCAUCGGCUCCAUCGAGUCGAGCUUCGAAUUCCGAUGACAGCUUACGAUCAGCGCAUGAGACUCGUCUCCGACACGAAGAUGGAGAAGAUCGAGUCAGCCAUUGCUCGGAGCAAGACCACGACCAUGAAGGAAGCAGAGACAUUGAGAAAAACCUCCCAUCUCUCGAUCAAACACCCACAAACCAGAGCAGGAAUAACAACCUCAGCAUUCUCGACACAGUGCGCAGCCACGUCUCCCAUCAAGACAUGCACGUCUCCGACAAUGUCUACCGCGAACAAAACGCAGAGCAAUAUCUGCGAUUCUCGCCGGCUCGCAAAGUGGCCAUCGUGGCGAUUCUGUCUGCUUGUUCUUUCUUAUCGCCGAUAUCAUCAACAACAAUCCUUCCUGCCAUGCCAGAGGUGGCGAACACCUUCAAUACCACUGGUAGUGUGAUCAAUGCGAGUAAUGCUGUGUUCAUUCUUACAAUGGGUCUGUCCUCCACUUUCUGGGGAACGUUUAGCCAGAUUUAUGGCAGAAGACCUAUGUCUUUUUGGAGUUCGUUCUUCUUCUUCGUUUUCAGUCUGGCAACAGCGCUUUCACCGAAUCUGGCUGCAUACUUCAUCUUCCGAGCCCUUACGGCUUUUCAAGGAACAUCCUUCCUUGUUGUGGGUAGUGCGUCUAUCAGUGAUAUUUACACACCCACGGAGAGAGCCACUGCUCUCGCAUGGUUUCUGUCUGGAACUUUGAUUGGUCCAGCACUUGGACCCUUCUUAGGGGGUGUGAUAGUGACUUACCGUUCGUGGCGGGKCAUCUUCUGGCUGCAAACCGCACUUGGUGGAUUUGCAUUCAUUCUAGUCGCUCUGUUCAUUCCUGAGACAAUCCCGCACAAAACCAUCUCAGACCUCGCCGACCUCUCACCACUAGAAAAGACAGUCGCAAUCUGGCACCGCAUGAAUCCUAUUCGAGUCAUCAAAUUGCUGUUCCAGUACCCCAAUCUCUUCUUUGCCGCACUUGCUUCCGCAUCUCUGGUUUGGAACCAAUACUCUCUCCUUACUCCGAUCAGAUACGUUCUGAAUCCACGAUUCAACCUCACCACUCCGAUUGAAUCCGGGCUAUUCUAUCUCGCUCCGGGAUGCGGCUAUGUUUUUGGCACCUUCUUCGGCGGCCGGUAUGCUGACCAUAUUGUCCGCAAAUGGAUCCGUAAGCGAGACGGCGUUCGCGUGCCCGAGGACCGCCUCAAGUCUUGCCUGCUUUUCUUGGGAGUGUCCAUCCCAGGCUGGGUCCUCAUUUACGGAUGGACCAUAGACCAAAAAGUCGGUGGGAUCCCCGUUCCCGUCAUCGCACUUUUCCUUCAAGGAGUGUCGCAGACGUUUGUCUUUCCCAGUCUAAAUACCUACUGUCUCGACGUCAUGCAAUCCAAGGGUAGAAGCGCUGAGGUUGUUGCGGGUAACUACAUGUUUCGAUAUGCUCUUGGAGCGCUGGGUACGGGUGUUGUGUUACCGGGCAUUGGAGCUAUGGGCGUAGGCUGGUUCAGCACCAUCUCUGCUAUAUUUGUGGGCGUCUCGGGUUUCUUUAUGUGGCUCACGACGAUCAAAGGAGCUACCUGGCGACAGAGAGUGGAUGAGAAGCUAGCCCAACGAGCGGCUGCUUGA